CCGUCGGCGUCACUGCUGCUGCUGCUGCUGCCGGCCCUGAUGCUGGCCCCACCAGUCGGCGCUGCCAAAAACAUCAUCACCAUAGGGGCGCUGUUUGACCAGCAUGAGGCGGACCCCGCGCUGGAGAUGGCCUUCCGGUACGGGGUGGAGCAGGCCAGCCAGACGCUGAACGUACCGGACGUAGCGCUCGUGCCGACUGUGGAGCGGGUGCAGACCGGCAACGGCUUCCACACGUCCAAACGAGUGUGCCACCUGCUGAAGCUGGGCGUGGGCGCCAUAGUGGGGCCCAGCGCCGAGCCAGCCGCGUCGCACGUGCGCAGUAUGUGCGACACCAAGUCCGUGCCGCACAUCGACACCACGUGGCGCUAUCGGCGCGGCAGCGAGCACUUCUCCGUCAACCUCUACCCGCACGCGGCCACGCUAAGCAAGGCUUAUGUCGACAUUUUGAAGACUCUUGGCUGGACCAAGUUCCACGUCCUGUAUGAGGACAAUGACUCGCUGGUGCGCCUUCAGGAAGUUCUGCAGAUGCCCGAUAAUAAUAACAAAAUUUCUGCGAGUGUUCGGCAGCUGCCAAAAAACAAAGAUUACAGACCGCUGCUGAAGCAAGUUCAGAACUCUGGAGGCACGCACAUCGUGAUUGACUGCUCAACGGAAAACAUAUUCAACGUACUCAAGCAGGCGCAACAGAUUGGGAUGGUCACCAGAUAUUACCACUAUUUCUUCACCAACCUGGACCUGCACACAGUGGAGCUGCACGACUUCCAGUACGCGGGCACCAACAUCACGGGUCUGCGACUGAUCAACACGACGGACCUGCGCGUCGUGAAGAGGGUCGAGAGCUGGAAGGAGGCGGAGGCGGCGCGCGGCCGCCACGUCCCCAUCACCGCAUCACGGCUCAGUACUGAGGCGGCACUGCUGUAUGACGCGGCGCUGCUCUUCGCCAAGGCGGCCGCUGACCUGCACAGCUCGCGAGACAUCAGUGUGACGUCACUCAACUGUGACCUGGAUGACCUUUGGCCGCACGGCGAGAGUGUGCUCAACUACAUGCAGCUGGUGGAGGUGGAGGGCCUGACUGGGCUCGUGCGAUUCGACACGCUGGGCCAGCGCUCCAGCUUCAGCCUGGACGUGCUGUCGGUGCUGGAGGAGGGCCUCGCGCCGCUCGGGCGCUGGGGACCGGACGGCUUCAGCAUAGUCGGCAGCGACAGCCGCACCCGGCAGACGCCAAGCAUCCGCAACCAGAACCUGAUCGUCACCACGCUCAUAAAAAAGCCGUACACGAUGAUCAAGGAAUCCACGGAGAAGCUGGUGGGCAACGACCGGUACGAGGGCAUCUGCAUCGACCUGAUCCAAGAGCUGUCGCGCAUGCUUGGCUUCAACUACACAAUCGUGGUGAACGCCGACGGUGCGCCGGGCACCUACAACGAGACGACAGGCCGCUGGAACGGCAUGAUCGGCGAGCUGCUGGACGGCAAGGCGGACCUCGCCAUCGCCGACCUCACCAUCACGUCCGAUCGCGAGGCUGUGGUCGACUUUACCAUGCAGUUCAUGAACCUCGGGAUCAGCAUUCUGUACCGGAAGCCGACCAAGCAGCCGCCCUCUCUCUUCUCAUUCCUCUCUCCGCUCUCUCUGAGGGUUUGGCUGUACAUGGGAGCAGCUACCAUGGGUGUUUCUCUGCUCAUGUUUGUUCUAGCCAGAUUCACUCCGUACGAGUGGGAGCCUCCGCACCCCUGCGCUCCAGACCAGGACCAGCUGGAGAACCAGUUCAACUUCCUGAACUGUAUCUGGUUUUGCAUCGGCUCCCUCAUGCAGCAGGGAUGCGACUUCUUACCCAAGGCAGUCUCCACUCGCAUGGUGGCUGGAAUGUGGUGGUUUUUCACGCUGAUCAUGAUCUCAUCGUACACGGCGAACCUGGCGGCCUUCCUGACCGUGGAGCGGAUGAGCUCGCCGAUCGAGUCGGCAGAGGAUUUGGCCGCGCAGACCGACAUCAAGUACGGCACGUACGCCGAUGGAUCGACCGCCACGUUCUUCAGGACGUCCAAGAUCUCGCCGUACAACAAGAUGUGGCAGGUGAUGCAGAACGCACAGCCGAGCGUAUUUUUCGACGCCGAAGCGGGCAUCAAAAAGGUCAAGGACGAUGCGGGGAAAUACGCCUACUUUAUGGAGUCAUCCACCAUCGAGUACGUGGUGGAGCGAGCGUGCGAGCUCUCGCAGGUCGGCGGCCUGCUCGACAACAAAGGAUAUGGAAUCGCCCUGCCGCCGGAUUCUCCUUGGACCAGUCAGCUGAACCAGAAGCUGUUGCAAAUGCAGGAAGAAGGCCAGCUGGCUGCCUUGAAGCGCAUGUGGUGGGAGGAGCAUGGCGGUGAAACGUGCAAAGAAGACAGCGGCGGUUCCAUUGCGUCCGAACUGGAUCUGGAGAACGUCGGCGGCGUGUUCGUCUGCUUGAUGGGCGGCAUGGUGGUGGCCACACUCAUCGCCAUCGUCGAGUUCGUCUUCCACCUACGCGCUCAGACCGCUGACAACAACACAUCAAUCCUGUCCGAGAUGGGCCGCGAGCUUCACGUCAUCCUGCGCUGCCGCGGCAGCACCAACGGCCUGGUGGCGUUCCCUAGCGGCGCUGCCGAGAAGCAUGCCCCCGCCUUCGCCGGCUACGACGCGCCGGCCGUGUCCUGA